AUGGCGGCAAACACAGGUGGCGCCGAUGGCUUCACGCCGGUACUUACGGCGCUAUCGACGAUGCAAAGUAAUGUGGGCGGGGACGAGAAGACUGCUGCUCAUGAAUAUCUUGAAAGCUUUCAGAAAUCGUCUGAAGCGUGGAACACGACACAUUCAAUGUUACAGAACUCUUCGCUGCCGGUAGAGGCCAAGCUGUUUGCUGCAAUGACACUCAAGGGAAAGAUUCAAUAUGAUCUUCAUCAACUCCCCCAAGAGGCUCUCACGCCACUUCGAGAUUCACUACUCUCCCUCCUACAGCUAUAUAUCAGUGGUCCGCGGCCGAUCCGAACACAAAUAUGUGUAUGCCUGGCGAUCUUGGCUAUACAGAUGACAACUUGGAAAGACGUUCUGAAUACAGUGGGUUCGGCUGUUGGUAAUAGUAGUGAGGGCGGAGAUUGUCUACUCGACUUCCUGCGAAUCCUACCAGAAGAGGUCACAGAAGGCCGCAGAAUCAACCUUUCAGAAGAGGAACUUGCCGACAGGACAAAGGAACUCCUUGAGGAUAACUCCGCACAGGUCCUAAGUCUUUUAGUCUCCUAUACGCAAUCAUCAUCACAAGCAACGCACAACCCUCGCCUGUACUCCUGCAUUGCGUCCUGGCUACGCGAGAUACCGACCAUUGACGUUGUGAACUCUCCCCUGCUGAACGAGAUCAUAGACGCCAUCAACGAUAGCGACUCCUUCGAAGCCGCGGUGGAUUGUCUAUGCACUAUGUUCCGAGAUACCCGAGAUGUCGAUGAAUCACUCAGCGUUAUCAAGAUUCUUUAUCCACGAAUAAUCCGUCUGCGGCCGAUGAUUCAGCAAAGCGCUGCUACAGAAGACAAUGACUUGAUGAAAGGCAUCACGAGACUAUUCGCAGAGGCCGGAGAAGCGUGGGUUGUGCUCAUCGCCCGUCUACCAGGAGAGUUUCGAGAUCUCGUCGAGUGUGUUCUGGAAUGUUGUAUGCUUGAUAAAGACCGUGAAGCGAUUUCAAUCACGUUUGUGUUCUGGUACGAACUCAAACAGUGUAUUACCCUGGAAAAGUACAUGCCUGCGAGAGCCGCUCUCGCAGACCUAUAUUCGAGACUGGUCGACGUUAUGAUCAAACAUCUCGAGUUCCCGACGCCAGAAGAUGGCAAUGAAAACGAUCUUUUCGAUGGGGACCGGGAACAAGAGGAGAAAUUUCGCGGCUUCAGACACAACAUGGGUGACGUCCUGAAAGAUUGUUGUGAGGUCAUUGGCGUGACACAAUGUCUCUCCAAAGCCUUUACGUUGAUUCAGAGCUGGGGCCAGCAGUAUGCUUCACAAGCAACAGACACAAACGUCCCACAUUGGCAAGAACUGGAAGCACCUUUAUUCAGUUUGAGAGCAAUGGGCCGCAUGGUGAAUGCGGAAGAAAGCUCAGUGCUUCCUCAAUUCAUCCCUCUUAUCACAACGAUACCAAACCAUGAGAAGCUCAAAUUCCAGGCAAUCAUGGCUCUGGCACGCUACACUGAAUGGACUGCACAGCAUCCGGAGACGCUUGAGGCACAACUCAACUAUGUCAUAUCUGGAUUCAGUCAUGAAUCUCUGGAGGUCGUUCAGGCAUCGGCGUUGGCCUUCAAAUUCUUAGGCACCGAUUGCCAGAAACUGUUGGGUGACCACAUACCACAACUGCACCACUUCUACGAGAGUGUCAUCGACAAACUAAAACCCUCAAGCCAGGAAGAGGUCACCGAAGGGGUUGCAGCAGUUGUUGCAGUUCAGCCGGUCGGGAAGAUCUACGAGACACUCAAAAUGUUCUGCGAUCCUGUCAUGAACCGAGUGAUCCAGUUGGCUUCACAAGCCAAGGACGAAGAUUCUGAGAAGACUGUUGCUGACUAUUUAGGGCUGAUGACCAUCUUCUUCGAAUGGGUACAACCAUAUGUCUCCCCGAACGAGCCAAAUCCGGCGGUGAAAUAUUGCCAGGAAAUACUCCCAGCUCUUUCCGGCAUUGCUAAGCACUUCACUCGAUCCAUACCGAUCCUAGAACGUGUUUGCAAAUGUUGGCGGGUGAUGGUCAUAUCCUACCGGACUGCGACCGCUCCGUUGUUGGGCACACUAGCAUCAAGCAUUGCCGAAGGGUUCGAAGCGUCACGGCAAGGCUGCUUUCUUUGGGCAACCGAUGCAGUCAUUCGGGAAUUUUCCUAUGGCGCCGAAUUUGUGGAUGAGUCAACUAGCGACAACAUCUUCCGGUUCUUUGCUCAACAAGCAACAGUUUUCUUCAAGAUCCUGAACGAGCUGCAGCCAGUUGAGCUUCCGGAUGUCAUUGAAGAUUUCUUCCGUCUGGCCUCGGAUGCAAUUCGGUUCUAUCCAAACAAAACAAUUACUUCCAACCUCUCCCUCCCUAUGGUGCAGGCCUGCUUGACGGCGCUUACUCUGCAGUCCUUGGAGCCGAUUCAAGCUUCACUACAUUUCCUGCGAGACUUCUUAGACUUUGGUUUUGACAAGCCACCUAUCUCGCUUCUUAACGGUCCCAAUGGUGAACCUACUGCUUCGAAUCCCGCGCAGAUUCAAGCUGCAGUCAAACAGGUCCUGAACAGUACCGGACAACAACUUGUUCAUCGAGUUCUGACAGGCAUGAUGUUCAGUUUCCCCGAGGACUGUUUCCCUGAUGCGUCUGGAGUGCUACUGUCAUUGUUCAAUCUGGCACCAGAGCCUGCAGCUCAAUGGGUCCAGGGCACAUUGCAACUACUGCCGGCGGGAACGUUGAAACCUGCCGAAGCUAAUCGACUUAUGAAAGGCAUCAGCGACAAGCUGCAGCAGAACGAGCCACGAAAAGUUCGUGUGCUGUUGCAAGACUUUACAAAUUCAUAUCGGAGGAGGAACGUGGCGCCUAGAGAAGGACUUGGCAGGCUGGAAGCGACGAGAUUCAGAUUUAGUGGUUGA